AUGGCCAUGGAGGGAAACGGCAGGGAACAGGAGAACACUGACGACGCUCCCAUAAGACCUGUGUCCUCCCUGCUCUCACACUUUGAGAAUCUCGCCCAUCAUGAACCCAAAUCACCGCCUGCAUCUGGUACUAGCCCGCGUGACUCCUCUGGUCGCUUUCUGAAGACCCCCGAACCCGGUGACGAGCCCCGAUCCAGCCGCGCCUCUUUGGACUUACCUCGACCACGGUCCCCAUGGACCACGGCAGUCGAUGAGAGACAGGGGCGCGACUAUGGACAGAAUGAUGGCGAGAAUUUGCGAGUGCGCGGAUCCCCCGGAGGUCGAUAUGGCCGACCAAUCUCGAUGAUGAACAUCCACCACUCGUCGCCACAACUUCCGCCUACUUUGACCGUCCAUUCUCCCCAAUCGCCGCCGCGGAACCUGGAGCGCAAUCGCCCAUCACCUCCCCAAUAUGAUAGUCGCAGGUCUCGAAGCUCGGUACAUCUUCCUCGUCAAUCUGUGUCUCUGGGGGUGUCGCCUGCGCCGACGGCUCGACCGGUGACGCCGCAGCUCGGAUCAUCUAUGCCUGUGGAGAAGACAACUGCGCGGCUGUCACCGGAUCUGUCCCCCAUUGUAGAUGGGCGCGGUAGCCCAGCAGAUCGCAAAUCGAAGAGUACAUCACUGCCACCGCCAGCUGACAGGGCUGAGAAGCCGAAAAUUCCCGCGAAGCCUGCGAUGUUUUCACACCCAGAUACCAGCUCUCUAGCGCCACGACCUGACAAAGCAUCAUCUGACGAUCAUGUCUCACCGUUCAGCACUCCUCCUAGCAGCCCCGAGAAAGUCCCGACCAAGCCGGCGUCUACGGACAAGACCCGCCUGAAGCCACCUGGCCGACCUGUUACGGAACCGCCGAGCCGGCGCUCGUUUGAAGAUCGGUCACCAGCACCAUCAGCCUAUGCGAGACAUGAUGCUAGGGAGCUAGGUUUCUCCAGGACUCGCCCGACCUAUGAACCUAGUCGGGCUACCAAGCCUUUGAUGGUGCAAAUCCCACCUUCCUCGCCUGGUCUUCCUGAUUAUGCUUCAGUAGCUCCGCCUCUGUCUGCUCAACGGCUUCGAGCGAGUGACAGUCCUUAUGAUCGCCCAGGUCUUCCUCCCAGACCGGCGUCUACAGCCAUCCGUCGGAGCGGAGCCUCACCUGUUAGAGAGCAUGCACAAACGGUGCGCAGUCCAGCCCAAAUGACGCCUAUUGCUCGAUCUGCACCUGCUUUCCCGCAUGUAGACAAUGGAGCUCGGACCCCGCGCCAAAUAUUGCGACAACAGUCGUUGCCUCGCGAGUCGCAUAUGUCUGCUUACCCGGAGCGCCGUAUUGCCAGGACGGACACCGAAGAAGAGGAAUCAACAGCUGAUGAGCCCCAAAUCUCAAGGACGGACUAUCCGGAUUCCUCGCAGGCAAAUCGACGCCCUCCCUUACUUAGAACGGGCCCCAAAGAGAUUCCCACCAAGUACGACACGCGACUGCUUGCUGUAUGUGGCAAGUAUGUCUGUACAACUGGGUACUUAACCCGUGUUUGGGAUCUCACCACUGGUGAGCAAGUUAUGAGUCUCACUCAUGGUGAGACGGUGAAGAGUCUGUCACUCGCUUUCAAGCCGGGUACAGCACUCGAAAAUGAAGGACAACGCAUUUGGCUUGGCACUAGUGCUGGAGAACUCCACGAGAUUGAUAUUCCAACCAACGCCAUUGUGACUACUCGGUCCUACCCAUCUCGCCGAGAGGUCAUUCAGAUCCUGCGCCAUAAGAAGGAAAUCUGGACCCUUGAUGAUGAAGGUCGGCUGCUGGUAUGGCCGCCAGAUGAAACUGGCACGCCCAAUUUGCAAUACAGCUAUCACAGCCCUCAUGAGCGUGUUGCCCGAGGCCACACGUUCUCCAUGGUUGUAGAUGACAAGUUGUGGUUGGCAUCUGGCAAAGACGUCCAUAUCUACCGGCCAAACGCGCGGGAAGACUCGGCCUUCAAAGUGUUCAAGCGGCCACUGGGUCUGCAGCAUUCCGGGGAUGUGACCUCUGGCACUUAUACCACUCAGGAUGGUGGCCGCGUAUAUCUGGGACACGCGGAUGGCAAAGUCACUGUUUAUUCCUCAACUGACUACUCAUGCUUGGCCGUGGUCAAUGUUAGUGUCUACAAGAUCAACUGCCUCGGCAUUGUGGGAGACUAUCUGUGGGCCGCGUAUAAAACGGGCAUGAUCUACGUCUACGAUGUCAAGACCAAUCCAUGGACUGUGAAGAAGGACUGGCGUGCUCAUGACAGUCCCGUCUGCGGUUUCGUACUUGACACAAGUAGCGUGUGGACGAUGAACCGCCUCCAGGUGACAUCACUUGGAACGGACAAUUGUAUUCGCCUUUGGGAUGGUAUGCUGGAGGACGAUUGGCUUGACAACCGAAUGCAAGACAAAGACGUGGAGUAUUGCAAGUUCCGCGAAAUUCGAACCGUCAUCGUUACAUGGAAUGCUGGGGCUUCAACACCAGGUAGUCUCCGCACAUCGGAUUUUAUCCGAGACGCUGUCCACCCGGAGGAUCCGCCCGACAUUAUUGUCUUUGGGUUCCAGGAGCUGGUCGACCUUGAGAACAAAAAGAUCACAGCUAAGAGCUUGCUGCUCGGUAGCAUGAAAAAGGAGAACGGAGAAAAAGAACACAUGAGUCGGCAGUACCGAGUUUGGAUUGAUCAUCUCACGCGAUCUCUUCACGAGUGUAUGCCUCUCGAAGAAUCUUACGUUCUUCUCCAUACUUCCAACAUGGUUGGACUCUUCACCUGUGUUUUUGUCAAGCACAAGGAGCGGCACAAUAUCAGCAAUAUUAGCGCAUCGGAGAUCAAGCGGGGAAUGGGAGGAUUGCACGGAAAUAAGGGUGCCCUUAUCUUCCGCUUCGUUCUCGACGAUAGCUCCAUGUGUUUUGUCAACUGUCAUCUCGCGGCGGGUCAAACCCAGACCGCGCAUCGUAACAACGAUAUUGCGGCAAUUCUCGAAGCCGAGACCUUGCCACCUGAGAAUAGCUUGACUACCCGCAUCGAUCAGUUCGCUAGUGGCGGUGACGGUUCGAUGAUUAUGGACCAUGAGAUCUGUAUUCUGAAUGGGGACCUGAAUUACCGCAUUGACUCCAUCCCGCGUAAUGUCAUCAUCGACGCUGUCCGCCAAAACAACCUCCCUAAGCUGCUCGAUCGCGACCAACUUCUGGCUUCUCGGCGAAAGAACCCGGGCUUCCGACUACGCAGCUUCACCGAGGCACCUAUAACGUUCGCACCGACAUAUAAAUAUGAUGUCGGGAGUGACCAGUACGACUCGAGUGAGAAGAAGCGCUCCCCCGCCUGGUGCGAUCGCGUUCUCUAUCGUGGCCUCGGCCGCGUCAAGCAGCUCGAGUACCGCCGGCAUGAAGUCCGGGCCUCCGAUCAUCGGCCCGUCAGCGCGACAUUCAAAGUUCGCGUUAAGACGGUCCUGCCGCAGGAACGCGCGGUGGCGUGGGAAACAUGCCAACAGGACUUCCAGAAUGAGAAGCGACGGCUGGCUUCCGAAGCGAGCAUCGAAUACCUCAUUACUGUCCUUGGUACGGAUCCCCGUCAAGCCCGUGCGUUGAUCCUAGGCAACGGUCAAUAG